AUGGACGGUAAAUUUCCUUGUCUGGUUUGCGGCAAGGUGUUUUCGCGCCAACACCAUCUGACUCGGCACACUGCAACUCAUACUCGAGACCGCCGACACUGCUGCUGGUAUUGCCCCAAAACGUUCGCGAGAAGUGACAUCUGCCGCAAGCACGCCAAAACAUGUCCACAGAGAGAUGCUGACAACGAUCUGCCGAUGCUCACUCGUGGGCGACGACCGAAAGCUUGCAAAGCCUGCCAUCGGAGCAAAUCGGCGUGCGACAAGCGUCAACCCUGCGAUCGAUGCCAGUCUCGCCAGAUAGAAUGCAGCUACCGCCAGCCAUCGCCAAUUGAGGCGACGACGUCUGCUCCGCAAUGUGACAUGCGGUUUUUGCUUCGGCUCACGAACCCCGCCGCUAGCACCAUGCUGGAAUCAUUCGAAAAUGACGACAAAGACCCUGACAUCGAUGGCGCCGCCGCUGUGGCCACCAUCGGCUGGGGCCAGGCUGUCGCGCAGGAAGACGACAUCUUGCUGUGGAGUCUCAGCUCUGUACUCGACCUGCACGAGUUGGGGUUGGCAUCUUCACAUGACUUUGGCAUUGCCGGCCCACCUGCGAGCAUGGCAGAGCUGGCUCCCAUAUUCGCGCCUUCUGCGUUUGAAACGCUUGAAGGAAAGAUCCAGUCGAGCAUUGUCCGACUCAGCUCUCUACACGGCCAGCUUCUUGCCCACAAUCCAUCGUACCACACUGAACUCGAUGAACAUCAUAUAAAAUUGGCUCUUUCGGCGAGGACUGUCAUCAUGUUCUCUGUUGUCUACUUUCAACAGUCCCAUAGAUACAUAUCAUUGGUGCAUCGACCAUCGUUUGGCUCACACGACACUUCUGCGGCACUCUUGCUAGCGGUCGCAUUUGCAGGCUCUACACGAUCGCCGACGAGUGAAAACGUCAUGUGUGUCCGCAGCCUAGCACGGCUUUUGGAAGAACUUGUCUUCCGACAGUUGGAAUACCUGAUGACCAAUGUCCAGUCAGAUGAUCGGUCUAGGGAACUGCUCGAGACUCUAGAAGCUGCGAUUCUAAUGUAUCAGAUACAAUUCAUGUCAAGCACAGCUGUGACUCUCCAGAGAACGAGAGCAGCUCGACUCCCAGCUUUAGUAUCCGCUGUUCGAAAAUUGGGGCUAUUUGCAACCACACACAAAGCUGGUGCGGAUUGGCUUCAGUUUGUCGAGACAGAAAGCUGCAUCAGAAUCGCAUACUGGACGGCCAUGGCUGACUGGAACCAGGCAAACAUGCUAUCUGAUGAUUGUGAUACUAGGGCUGAGUAG